GGACGAGCAGCGCUCGCCGGGAUCCGACCAGGAGAGUAGUCCGCAAACGUACAGGGAGGUGCGGCCCGCGCCGCUCCCGCCCAGCAUUUCCGCGCACUCGAUGAAGGAAUACUACCAGUCGGACCGACCAGCCUACCCGGCGCACUACCGCCACAGCCAGACGGACCUCACCGAGUGGGAGGAGCACCAGCAGGCGCCGCAGGUGCACCACAAUCCCUACGGCAGCCAGAUGCAGUUGCACCACCCGCAGCGGCGCAGCGCGGGUUCGGAGACGACUGCCUACCGGAACGGCAGUGCCCGGGAGAACGGCGGCGAGUGGGACCCGGAGGACAGGCCCAGGUCGAGGCGACCCGAGGGUCGUUACAGUGACUCGACUACGACUUUGUCGGCCUCCGUGAUGAAUCACUACUCGAGCUACCAUCGAAGGCCCGUAAACAGGAACUCGAAUCUGCUGUCCGCCACUCUGUGUCUGGUGAAGGAGCUGGACUACGCCAGCUUGGAGGUGCUGGAGCACGCCGUGCGGUGUCGCAUCGACGAAAUGGCGGGCGAAUGAUGAAGACGGCUCUCUAAUCGCAUGUCGAUUAGCUAAUCCAACGCGUUUGUGGGAGCCACAGACACACACACGACCAGGAACACUUAAAAGACAAGCAGCAGGAGCAGAAGCUGCAAAAGUUCGCAGGAGAAGAGCAAAAGCUGAUAUUAUACUAACGUCUAAGCAACAAACGAAAGCAAACCGGAUACUUAACGAGGAUAACGAUUCAAACUUGCCAAUUGUAAACUGUCAUAGUGUAACUAGAAACUUUUGUAAGCAUUUUUCAUGUAACGAACUUUGCUAACAGAAUCAGAAAAAGAAACUGAAAUGCAUGGAUGGCCGAUGGAUUAAUUAAUGCCUUGAUUGAUUUCCGCCUCUUGACUCCCGAUCCCGUUCAGUUGAUCCCCGAUCGAGCACUGACCACAAAACUAGCCUUCUUUUGUACUUAACUCGCGAAGAUCGAAACUAACCAACUAACGAACGACGCCCAAGGCGCCGAGCACAAUGUAUCUUCAUCGUUUCUCUGUAAGAUUAGUUGAAAUUUAUACUCAUGACUUUGUUGAAUAUUUGUACACGAAAGCAAUUAACGCUAGACCCUAAUUUUAAUAUAUAUUUACCUAUAAUGCAAUGAA